UUGUCACUGACAGGAUAGCAGUGCUUAAAUUAAUGCAGGGGAUUGAUUUAUUUAAGGAAGUACCACAGUUCCACCUACUUGUAAUGAAGCAUAUGCCGUAGUCUCUCUCUCUUAACUUUGUUUGGUUGUUCAGUGAUCAUUGUAACACCACCGGCGACACUAAUUCCAUGGCGGAGGAGACGACCUCAACCUCAAAGCCACAUGCGUUGCUAGUCCCAAGCCCCGGGCUCGGCCACCUCAUCCCCAUAAUGGAGCUCGCCGACUGUCUCGUCACCGAUCACAACUUCCAAGCCACCGUCCUCGUGGUCUCAUCCAAUAUUCGUGCACAGUCCCAAGUCAUCCAGUCCGCAAGGACUCAGAAGCCCUUCGAAAUCAUCGAGCUUCCACCACUAGAAGCCUCCUCCGGCCACGAUGCCAACCCCGCCGGUGCAGUUUUCACAAACCUACCUGCCAUCAUGCUUGAUGCCCGGGACGCUCUCCGGUCCGCAAUCUCUGCCUUGGAGCCCAAGCCUGCAGCCAUGAUCGUUGACCUUUUCGGCACGCCUGCUCUAACGGUUGCGGAUGAGUUUCACAUGCUCAAGUAUGUGAAAGUGGUGUCAACUGCUUGGCCAUUGACCUUGCUAUUGUAUGCGCCGGUUUUGGAUAAGAAGGUGGAAGGAGAGUACUUGGAUCGGACCGAACCGCUACAGAUCCCUGGCUGCAAACCAGUUCGGCCCGAAGAUGUUGUGAAGCCGAUGAUUAACAGGAAAAGUCGGGAGUACGAGUGUUUCUUGCGUGCAGGGGUUGAGAUGGCUACGAUGAGUGAUGGGAUUUUUGCCAACACUUGGGAAGAACUUGAGCCUGUAACUCUUAAGGCCAUGAGGGAGGAUCCAGAGUGGAAGCAGGUUCUUAAGGUUCCGGUUUACGCAAUCGGUCCGAUGGUUAGAGUGGGAGGGCAGGAGUCGGCCGGUCCAAGGAGCGAGUUGCUAGGCUGGCUGGAUGUACAGCCUAAAAAUUCUGUGCUUUAUAUUGCCUUAGGGAGCGGUGGGGUUCUUUCCGCAGAACAGAUAACUGAGAUGGCUUGGGGUUUAGAGUUUAGUGCUCAGAGAUUUAUAUGGGUGGUGCACCCACCGAGAGAUGGUGACAAAGGCAACGACAUUUCGGACUACUUGCACGAGGGGUUCGUGGCUCGGACUCAAGACAAGGGUGUGGUGGUCACUACUUGGGCUCCUCAAUCCGAAAUCUUGGCACAUCCAUCCGUGGGAGGGUUUCUUUCACAUUGUGGAUGGAGCUCGGCGCUGGAGAGCAUACUGAACCUUAAGCCGAUGAUUGCGUGGCCGCUGUUUGCGGAGCAGAAAAUGCUUGGUACGCAGCAGGUGGAGGAGCUCAAAGUGUCGAUCCGCCCUAAGGUUUUGCCAACAAAGGCAAUAGUGAGGAGGGAGGAGGUUGAGGAGCUGGUGAGGAAGAUUAUGGACCAGGAAGCAGGAGAUGCAAUGAGGGCAAGAGCUAACGAGAUCAAAGAGAGUGGAGAAGCGGCUUUGCGUGAGGGCGGGUCUACUUUCAAAACCAUGUCUGAAUUGGCAAAGCUAUGCAAGAUCAACACCCAAAGGCAAAGCCAGAAAGUUAGCUUUGAAAGCUUGGCUUAAUACUUUGAACGUGUGUGGCCAAUUAUAAGAGGUUAAAUUCAAUUGCAGUAAAACCCAACCAGGUGAAAGAAAAAUAUAACUCUUAAACCUCCCGUCUGUUGCCGUUAACUGAAACGAGAAAAUUCAUCCUCUACCGUACGAUCCCGUCAUCUUCAGCUUGAUCCCCAAUUCUAAAACCGACUCCCGCAGAGCCAAGAAUGAUGCAGAGACCCCGUCGACUCUGGGAGGGCACCGCCAUGGCGCUAUCGUCCUCGAUUUUCGUCCCGGUUUCGGAAUCGGACCUUUCUCUCUUGGUGUAGCUAGUUUGAAUUGGGUUAUUGGUGUCAGAAUUAUUGUUGGAAGGUUCAAUCUUUGCUAGCUCUCUUCAGAUUAUGAAUGGUUCCAUAUCUGCUUUAGAAUGAUACAUAACCUCUGGGCGUCUUGAACUUCAUUCAAUAUUUGACCAAAGAAAAAUAUACAAGUUUUGGCGGUGGAUAUAACUGUUUGUAAUUUUGAUUUGUUUGGUUUUGAUUUAUGGAUGUUAUUGAGUAUCUGUUUUACCCUCUCCUUGACAAAGGAGACUAUAGCAAACUGCAGAAAGCAGGAACUUGACAAAACAGAAGAACCAUUUUCAACUGACUCUAUUCCCUAAACUGUUUCAAUCAUUGCACGAACUUCAUUAAUCACUGAAUAUGCUUUGCCAUGACCACCGAUUACCUCAGCUUGUUUCUCGCCAUCUUUCCAGAGCUGUUUAUUAGGCAUCCUAGUGACUUCAGCGCAAGCAACAAGCUUGUGUGGGACUGAGUUGACAUCAACGCUACAGAAUGGUAAACUUGGAUAGUACGCAGAUGCCAAUUUCUCCAACUUCGGUUUCAAAUAUAUGCAUGUCCUGCACCAGCUUGCCAUCCAAACGACAACACCAUGACCAGGUCUUGUUAGCAAGUGAGAAAGUUGCAAUUGUAUUCAAUGUCAUCUGACUAAUCCUUUUUGGUUUUGUCAUCAUUAUCAGCCUGAUUUUUUUUUCCCCUCUUUUUGUUGUAAAAAUGGAACUAGAACCAGGUCUUGUUGACAAGUUGAAAGAUGGCCAGAAUGGCCUCAGCAUGAGCACACGUCUGGGUGAAUCAACAUAUGGAGGAGGGAUUUAUAAAGGUUUGUUGGGCCUGUGGGGUGAAAAUUGUGGCAGCAGCACAUACAUUUCUGUUUUGGUAAAUGUAUCCUGUGUGGUGAGAAUGGUACCUAGCGGCCUGAGGAUUGCCCUACAGGAGAAUGGGCUGGUUGCUCAUGGGACUAAAUCAUUCAACUGCUCGAAUUGGAAGGGGCGAAGGAAUUAUUUUUAUCACUUUUUAUAACAAUUUGUUAUAAAAACACCAAAAUUACCGUGUUAUAAAUUCUUGUUAUAGUUUAUUUGCAUGGGAUUAAAAUGUAACAAAUACACCAAGCCUACUGGUGUAAUAAUCUUCUUCCAUCUACAUUUCUCUUGUACCUAGUGGAAGUUCUAUUCAA